CAAGUUCUAAUCAAGACAAGAAAGUAUCAAGAAAGUACUUCUGUUGCCUCCGCUAGUCCGCUGCAGUUGGGGUGAAACCGUCGUGCCCUUCUUCUCUUUGCAUAAGACUAUACGAGCAUAAAGAUGUGGAGAUUAUCACGCAGAAGGACUUCUAUUUUACUUGAUCCAAAUGGGCUCAAGAAAAGAAGACCAGUUUCUCUCAAAUCCAUGGAGUUUUGUUCCUUACCAUCAUCCAAAGAGAACGAAGAUUCUGCUCGACAAAUCUCUAAUAUUCUCAAAUAUGACAAUUGGCAGACUCUCAUGUAUUCAUCGGUCGUGCCCAAUAAGCUAAACCCAGAAGUAAUCUGGAACGUUCUUCGCCAAAAUCAGGUAGGUGACGCCGGGCGCCUCCUCAAUUUCUUCUACUGGUCUGAAAACCAAAUGGGUUGCCCCCAGCUUUUGAAUUCCUUUUCCAUUAUGGCUGUCAAUCUCUGUAAUUAUAAUUUGUUUGGACCAGCAAAUGGUUUGUUAGAACGAAUGAUAAGAACUCACCGUUCCUCUCAGGCGAUUUUGGGCUCAAUUGUUAGUAGCUAUACAGACCGCAAAGGGUCUAAUCCUAUUGUGUUUGACAUUCUAAUUGACACUUAUAAGAAGAUGGGCAUGUUAGGGGAAGCUUCUGAUGUGUUUUUAGCUGUUAAAAGUGAUGGCUUUUUGCCUAGUUUAAGGUGUUGUAAUGCUCUCUUGAAAGAUCUGUUGAAGGCUAAUAUGAUCCAAGUGUUUUGGAGGGUCUAUAAUGGAAUGUUGGAGGCCAAAAUGUCUCCUGAUGCUUACACUUUUACUAAUUUGGUAGGAGCUUUCUGCAAGGUUGGGAAAGUAAAAGAAGCAAAAGCGGUCCUUGUUGAAAUGUCGGAGAAAGGAUGCAAUCCCAGUGUGGUUACCUACAACGUCAUUAUUGGAGGUUUAUGCAGAACGGGGGCUCUCGAUGAAGCUCUUGAGUUGAAGAAGUCAAUGGCUGAGAAGGGGUUGGCCCCUGAUGCCUAUACUUAUACCAUGCUCAUUAAUGGGUUAUGCAAAGAAAACAGGUUUGAAGAAGCAAAGUUGAUUUUGAAAGACAUGUCUGAAAUGGGUCGGAAUCUUGAUCAUGUCCCCUAUAUGGCUCUGAUUGACGGGUUUAUGAGAAAAGGUGAUGUAGAAGAGGCUUUCAAAGUCAGAGAUGAGAUGACACUCCAUGGCAUUCAAUUAGAUCUUUCAAUGUAUAACAUGCUUAUUCAAGGGGUUUGUAAAGUUGGUAAUAUGGGGAAGGCACAUGAACUUGUGAAUGAGAUGAUUGGGAAUGGGUUAAAACCUGAUUCAAUAACUUAUACUUCCUUGAUUGACGGGUAUUGCCGGGAGCUGAAUAUGGGAAGGGCCUUUGAGUUACUUGAUGAUAUGAAGAGGAAGAAUUUAAAACCCAGGCUGGUGACUUACAGUGUAAUAGUUAAUGGGCUAUGUCGAUCUGGGGAUUUUACACGAGCUAAUGGUGUUCUUGAGGAAAUGGCUGCUGAGGGUUUGAAGCCAAAUGCUGUAGUCUAUACAACACUUAUUACAGGUUACAUCCGUGAAGGUAGGCUUGAAGAGGCAAGAAGUGUCUUGAAUGGAAUGAAUGAAAAAGCAGUUCCACCAGAUGCAUUUUGCUAUAAUACACUAAUAGUUGGCCUCUGCAAAGCUGGGAAGAUGGUGGAUGCAAAGGAAUACCUAGAUGAAAUGAUGGAGAGAGGAUUAAGGCCAAGUGCUUUUACUUAUGGGGCCUUUGUUCAUGGGCAUAGUAAGGCAGGGGAAUUGCAAGAUGCAAACAAGUAUUUCAGUGAGAUGUUAAGUCAUGGUCUAAUUCCAAAUGACAUUAUUUACACGGCCCUGAUUGAUGGACACUGCAAAGCAGGGAGCAUUGAGGAAGCCUUUUCAACAUUUCAGGGCAUGCUUGAACAAGGGGUUCUUCCAGACCUGAAAACUUACAGUGUGAUCAUCAGCGGUCUCUCGAGGAAUGGAAAAAUUCAGGAGGCUAUGAGGGUCUUCUUAGAACUUCAAGAGAAGGGCUUGGUUCCUGAUACCUUCAUUUACAGCGCUCUCAUCUCUGGGUUCUCUAAACAAGGUGAAAUAGAAAAAGCUUUCCAACUUCAUGAUGAAAUGUGUGGCAAAGGUAUUGAGCCAAACAUUAUCAUUUACAAUUCCCUGAUUGAUGGUCUUUGCAAAUCAAAUGACAUUGAGAGAGCUAGAAAUUUGUUCAACAGCAUCUCAACAAAAGGUUUGGCACCCAACAAUGUGACUUACACUUCUAUGAUUGAUGGGUACUGCAAAUCUAGUAAUGUAACUGAAGCAUUUAGGUUAUUCAAUGAAAUGCCCUCACUGGGGAUCCCACCAGAUGUUUUCGUCUACAAUGCCCUCAUUGAUGGCUGUUGCAAGGAAGACAACAUGGAGAAGGCUCUAGAACUAUUUUAUGAAAUGGUGCGGAUGGACUUUGCAACUACUCGCUCUUUCAACAUUUUAAUUGAUGGGUUUUGCAAGAUUGGGAAGCUGCAAGAAGCCAGCACGUUGCUAAAAGAGAUGAUAGAUAAAGGGAUCAUGCCUGAUCAUGUGACAUGCACAACUGUGAUUGAUUGGCUGUGCAAGGCAGGGAAGAUGGAGGAUGCACACCGGCUCUUCUUGGGGAUGCAGGAAAAGAAUCUGAUGCCAAAUGCUGUAACUUACACAUCACUUAUACAUGGUUACAAUAAAAUGGGGAACAUGACAGAGGCAUUCAAUUUAUUCCAGGAGAUGAUAACAAAGGGAAUCAAGCUAGAUGAAAUCACCUACAGUGUAAUGAUAAAACAUUGUUAUGAUGCAAGAAAUUCAGUGGAGGCUCUGAAGCUUGAGGAUGAGAGCUUAGUAAAGGGCAUACCAAUGAGCAGCACUGUGUACAAUGUACUUAUUGACAACCUUUGCAAGAAGAAAAACUUUUCUGAAGCUUUGAAAUUGCUCAAUGAAAUGGGAGAGCGGGGACUUAAGCCUAAGCUUUCUACAUGUAGCUCUUUAGUCUGUGGUUUUCAUGGAAUGGGCAAUUUAGAUAAAGCAAUGGAGGUUUUGAAGAGUAUGGUGAGGUUCCAUUGGGUUCCAAGCUCUACUAUUUUAAGUGAUUUAAUUGAUGGAAACCAAAAUGAGACAAGUUCUGAGAGUGGUAGCAAUCUUUUAAAUGAAGUAGCAUAGCAACUUCCUUUUUACAGAGAUGGCAAGCUGCUCAGAAAGACAAAUUGUGUUGCUAUUUAUAUACACUCAACUAUUCAUAUUUGUAGCCUCCAAUGGCAAGUUUUUUUCUGGAGUGAUCAAGGUGUGAAGAAUGAUAGAGUGAAUCUUGAGUUCUUACACCUCUGGUUCUUGGUUUUUUUCUGCCACUUCCUGUAUCUGCAAUGGUGGAUUCCUCCAACCAUGUGGUGGUAAUUUUAUGGUUUAGAAAGGAAACA